AUGUCUCAUCCCUAUCCUUCUCCCACUUCAAAACCUUUUUCUCGUGGACGAGGAAGAGGUCGAGGAGGAGCUUCUUCAUUUCGUGGUGGAAGUAGUAGUGGAGGUAACCCCAAUUAUCGAGGUGGUACUAGUAGAGGAGGAACUUCAUUUCGUUCCAGAGGCUCCCGAGGUAGAGGUGGAACAAAUAGAAACUUUAAUCAAGGUGAUGGUAAUAAUUUUCAAUCAUCAUCAUCUGGAAAUUAUCAAGGCAAUCGCGGAGGAAGAGGACGAGGAGGAAAAUCAAAAUUUGGUGGUGAUGGUCAGCAGCCAACAAAAUCAAAAUUAGAUGAUAUUAUUGAUGCUUAUCUAGAGCAACAAUAUGCCACCACAGAAUCCGGAGACACAGUACUAGAUCUCUCUAAUAUUGCAAGUAAUCAAUAUUUGAUUGAUAAUGUACGUGAAUUUAAUCCAGCUCGGAUAUACAGGAAACUGUGCGAACGAGUUGUGCAAAAACAUCCAGAUGUUAAUCUGUUGGAUUUGAGAAAUAAUAAUUUGAGCUCUUUGUUUAGCUUUUCGCCGUUAACUGGCUUACAAAAUUUAACCGGUCUAUGCCUAUCAAACAACAAUUUUAGUACUGUAGCUGAUCUUCAACAUUUAUCAGGUUUGCAGUCUUUGAAACAACUGUAUUUAAAUGGAAACAAGUGUUAUUCGGAACGUCCAAGUGAACAAGAUGUCAUCACAUUGCUACAAUAUUUCCCUUCUCUAGAUGUGAUUGACACUGUAUUAAUUCCUGACUCUUUUAAGAAUCGAGGAAGCAUCAUUCCUCCUAUUAAUAUUGACAAUGUGUAUCUGGAGAUUAACCGUGAUGCACUCGAAAAAUUUGUAUUACUAUUUUUCGAUAGCCUCGAUGACAACAGACCAGCUCUAAGUACACUAUUUGACGAUCAUGGAUCUUUUAGCAUUUCUCUCGAUGAUAACAUGUUACUAGAACCGCAAUACGCAAAGCUUCACGAGAAGAAACGUAAUCUGCAACCAAGCAACCCAAAUCUAAACCCUCAAUAUUUAAUCAAAACAGUUUUUAAAAACAAACUUGACAGAGACGGUGCAUUCAAAAGUUUACCAAAAUCAAAGCACAAUUUGGAUACUCAGUAUUUGGUUGUCGAUUGCAACGUUUAUCAUUCCGUUUCUCAAAAUCAAAAAGUACCUAUUUGGAUGCUAACGAUUCAUGGACAUGGUACUCAUUUCAAGCCACAAGGAAGCAAAGAUUCCUUCUCCUUUACUGCAAGCUUUGUUCUCAAACAAGGAACUGAUCGAUUGUUGAUCAGUAACUUGAUCUAUCAUUUAAGACCCUAUGCUGGAACAAGUCGGGAUGCAUUUGUGGACAUUUGUCAACAAGUGAUUUAUACGAACCAACUAGAUCUUGCCAAACAAGCCAAGUUAAGAGAGUGCGUCUACCACACAAGGCUUAAACCUGAAGUUGCCUUUGAGCUGUUAAACCUGCCGGACGUGGCAUGGACACCAAGAAAGUUUUCAGAGGUGUAUGAACUGUACAAACAAAAUGGAACGAUCAAUGCUGCUCAUUAUCUGUAA